AGGGGGGGGGAACGGGGGGGCACAUACACAAAGCACCCAACUCUCCCUUCACGCCACGCAGGGUAUAAAACCUCCCGGGGGUCCGCGUCCUGCCCGCAGCUCCCUGCCUGCAGCCCAAGGGGGGCCUCUGGCCACCGCCAUGGCCACGGGCGAGCUGACAGAGCUGGAACUGGCCAUCGAGAAGAUCGUCACCACCUUCUUCACCUACGCAGGGAAGGAGGGCAGGAAGGGCACACUGACCACCAGUGAGUUCAAGGAACUGGUCCAGCUCCAGCUGCCCAACCUGAUGAAGGAUGUCCCCUCCCUGGAGGAGAAGAUGAAGGAGCUGGAUGUGAACAACGACGAGGAGCUGAGGUUCGGGGAGUACUGGCGGCUGAUCGGGGAACUGGCCAAGGCCAUGAGGAGGGAGAGAACAGGGAAGAAGUGAUGGGGCUGGGGAGGACUCAGCCCACGCAGAACCAAUAAAAGGUUUUCCUUGA